AUGCCUCGUAAGGAGAGGAGGAAGAAACAGAUACAAAAGGAGCUGUGUGAGGCUGCUAAAGGCAGUGGAUCCCUCACCAGCUGGAUUACAAAGAGCACAGAUAAACAGCAAGUGAAGGGUAAUAGUUCAGAUGAGGAGAUGGAAGGAGAAAGCGAGAGUCUCUUCAUUAAUCAGAGUGAUUUCCUGCUGGAUCUUUACUCACUCGUGGAAAGCUAUGAGAUUAGCAGGAGUGUCAUUCCAGAAAUACUGCCAGUUUUGCUUUCAACACCUUAUGUCUGGAUCAUAGAUCUCUCACAGAGAAAGAGCUCCGUCCUCCUGGAAGUGCUGAAACUACAAACACAGAAGAAACAAGUGAACCUGAGCGGAUGUUCAGAGGAAGAGAGUGAAGUGAUGAGUUUCCUUCAGUGUCUGCCCUACAUCUCACAGCUGAGAUGUUCUGAGAAGUGUUUGUUAACUCUAGUUAAAUUGGUCCAGUUAAGAGAGAAUCCAGAGCUGGUGACUUCACUGUUUGAGGUUCUUGACUUCUCCCUCAGUUUGGAAAGACAUUUACCCAAUAAAACCUGCAGAUCUGUGGGGAGAUUCUUACGUUUCUCUUCUGAAAGACUCAACCUCACUCUAAAACCUAAAAACAUCUCUAUCAGAGGAACAAGGCUUCUCUUCAGACACAUCACAAACAUACACACACUCAGGUUGAGUGGUUAUAUGGUUGUGAGAGCAGUGCAGGCAUUGAGAUCUAUGAAGGUUCGAGCUCCCAUCACUGUUAAUAAACUCACACUUGAUCCAAAUGUGGAACAACAGUCAGAGAGGAAUCAGUCCAGAGUCCUGAGCAGCUUAGCCAUUCUUCUGAGACUCUGGACUGUCCAGUGUUUGAACUUGAGUGGAUGCAAGAUUCAGUCUGUUUCUGUGUCUGUCCUACUGUGUCACCAGGGACCAGUGACUCUCAGUCUGUCUGACGUGACUCUCCAGAAGAUGGUUGAAUGUGUCUAUGAAGCUCAGGAAGAUGAACUGACUGAAUGCUUCCUGCAGAAAGUGAACAAUGAUCUGACUUCCUGUUCCCUAAACUGGGAAGAGUUUCAUUAUUUCCUGCAGCACAGAAAUCAACAAAUCACUGUGAACCUCAGAAAGAGUAACAUUCAAUGCAGAAUCAAUGAAAUUCUGCCAUUCCUGAACCAGAUUCAGUUUAAACGUAUGAGCUCUGUCUUCAUGCUGUGUGUAAUCAGAGAGAUCUAUGAGUCCGGCUCUGCUGGUUUUGUGUCCGGUCUGUUGAGUUCAGUGGAGAACUACAUUAAUCUGCAGUGCAGAGAUCUGGACUCUGUUCACUGUGACGCCCUGCGCUUCACACUGCAGCACUGCACUGCAGCUUCACUCAACCUACAGUGGACCUCCAUACCAGAGGAAGAGCUGGAGAGCAUUCUGCCUCUCUUCACACAGCUCUUCAACAACAGUAUUGAAUUCAGAGAAAUCUUCAGCACAGACCCACGAUUUGAGAUCUGCUGA